CACAAGACACUUUACUACACUGAUCUUAUUGAAUUUUUAGAGAAAGAGCUAAACUCUUAGGGUUCAUACAGUAUCUGGGGGAGAGGGGGGCAAUCAGAUUCAAUCCAAGGAAGGGGAAGUCAGAACAUAUUCCUUGGAUCAAGAGGAUCUCACUAGCGUCAAGGAAUUUUCCUUGGUGGGAUGGUGUGAUGGAACAAGGUAUUCUUGGUCCCCAUGCAGGCUCCUCUUUUACAAGAAGCAGUUAGUUUCCAGGAUUCAUCAGCGUCAACAUGUCUGGAGGUCCUAUGCAUGUGUUCGGUCCACUUGUUUACAUCCAUAACCUCCUCGCCGCCUACCUAAAUACCUGUGUGGACUACGUGAUACCACACGAUCAUGUCUAUGGGAUCCAGCUGGACAAUGGCACCUGGAAUGGCAUUAUGGGUCAGGUCACACGCAAGGAGGUGGAUAUGUCUGGGACGUUGAUGUACAUGGACGCUAGCAGGCAGAGAGCUGUAGACAACAGCGUGGCGCUCUUUAUCAACGACAAGAUCCUCACUUACAAGCGGCCCGUCCCACAGGCUGACCUGGCUGGCUUCCUCAAGCCUUUCACCCCCAUGAUGUGGUGUAUGAUAUUGUUGACGGUGACGGUUAUGGUCACUGUAAUCUUGUGGACUCAGCGUCUCCAGAACAAAUUCAUCAACCCAGAUGCUCUUGUAAAAGAUGGAGAGGAGGAACAAGAGGAAACGAGAAGGAGGUUGAGUGAAGAUGAGAGGCAGCAGCCCCUGCCUACCUUGUGGACCUCUUGCCUCUGGUCGUUUUCUGCCCUCCUGGCUCUGUCAUCGAGGUGGUGGCCGCAGGGCACAGUGUUGCAGGUGAUGGCGGGGGUGUGGUUGCUGGCAGCAUUGGUCAUCACUACAGUGUAUCGGUCCAACUUGAUGGCCAUGCUCAUCAUCCCCAAGCUGCACCUGCCCUUCAACACCCUCCAGGAGCUGCUCAACACCAACAUUCCCUGCUACGUCGCUCAAGGCACUGUGCUUCUCACUGAUAUUCUUGCAGCAGAGCCUGGGAGUCAGCUGCACCGCCUAAGAAAGCAGAUGAUUACUCACUCGAAUGUAAAGAAGACAGAGUUAGAUGUGCUUCAAGGAAAAUACGCUUCCUUCUCCAGUCGUUUGGCUGUUCUGAGUUCCAUCCACAAUAUCUUCUCUACUACAAAGUCGUGUCCUCUCUACAUUGCCUCGGAAACCUUCUUCGGCAGCAGCUCUCUCUGCUUCGUCUUCCCCAAGGGUUCCCAUCUUAGCCGUAAACUUAAUCCAGUGUAG